CUAGCACAGAGCUAACGGUCAGAGCGGAGGGAUCCUCCACGAAGCUGCGUUACGGCCGCGGAAUGAGCGCCACGACCCGCCACUGAGUUCACCGCCGGCCGGUAGCUGGAGACGGUUACCGCGGUCACCUUAACAUGGAUCUAAACGCUCCGAACCGAUCCCCCGCGGAGGACGGUGAGCUAGAAGACGGAGAGAUCUGCGAUGAUGAAACUGAGGAGAGAGCGCCGCCGCGGCGGGGGGAUGGUAGCAGGCCCCGCGGUGGAGCUCCUCGUCCACGAAAACCGCACCAGCACCCGCACAGCAUGCCGCCACACCUGAGCCACCCGCCGCCAGAGUUCCGCCACCUCAUGCCGUACAACCUCGGACCUCACGGGCCGUUCCCCCCUCCUCACCGGCAGCAGUGCGGACCGAGCGGGCCCGACCGGCCUCCCUCUCCUCCGCCACUGCCGCAGCCGCCGGGGCUCGGUUCGCACGGGGAGCCCAGCCCGCGGUCCAGUUUCUGGGAGCGGAGCCACGGCGCACUGGGACGAUUCAGGCACCGCGGCAUGCCGAACGGAGGACCCGGGAGCUGGAGCCGGGGCGGCCGGGGGGGAAACAGCCGGGCUCCUCCCGGUCGGUACCUGCCCGGAGAGAGUCACAGCUCUCCCGCGAGGAAGCAGAAACCUCUCGGCAGGAACCGGCUCAGGAAAGGAGCUCACAGCGUUUCCAGACCAGAGAACAGUGUUGACGAGUCCUUCGAGGAUCUGCUGUCCAAGUACAAACAGAUCCAGAUCGAACUCGAGUGCAUCCGCAAAGAGGAGACGAUGGCCCUGGAGCCACAGACGUCGCCCGUCGGGGAUGACGCGGUGGACCGUGCCGCCGCCGCCGCCGCCGCUCUAACAGACACCAGACCUGAACCGGAAUCAGCUCUGAGUCCAGGAGCAGCAGCGGAGGCGGCGUCCGAGCUGGAGAGGAAGAAAGUGUUCCAGGCCUUCAACAUCAAACCGCUUCGUCAGAAACUCCCCACGCCGGCCGACCUGGAUGAGCUGCAGAGGAAGUGGGCGGAGCCAGAUGGAGCAGGUGAAGGAGAUCAGCCAAUCACGGAUGAUGGAGCAGAACCAGAAGGAAAAGCUGCCAAAGAGGCCAAAGAGAGGACAUGCGAGAGCAGCAGUGAGCGAACUAACACGACCUCAGCAGACGGUGAAGGAGAACCGCGAGCUGCAGGAGAAGAACAAGGAAAACCCACAGAGGAGGGGCCGUGUGAUCAGAGCAGCACGGAGGAGCAGGAGAAACCGCCACAGGCGUGUCGCAGCGAGUCAUCGGCUUCCAGCGAGGACUCUCCUGACAAGGCCGUGGGGAAGGUGGUGGAGGAGGAGGAGCUGUCAGAGCUGCAGCUGCGUCUCCUCGCUCUGCAGUCAGCCAGUAAGAAGUGGCAGCAGAAGGAGCAGCAGGUGAUGAGGAAGAGCAAAGACCGCAUCACUAAAGCCGCCCAGGAGAAGAACCCGGGCCCCGCGGCCGCUCCGCCCACCAGGCAGAGGGUCACCACCAGGUCCACCUCCUCUGCCACUGCUGCUGCUGCUGCUAUAGAGAGGAGCAGAACCAGGUCCAAACCUCAGGACAGGGACCGUGACAGGACCAAGGCUGGGCCCAGACCUCCGGACAGGGACAGAGAGAGAGUCCCAGAGAGAGAGCGACCUAAACUGACUCCCAAAGCUGGACCCAAACCCCCGCUGGAGAGGGGCCGGACUCCAGGAAAGGCUCGCAUCACUAAGAAGAUCAGUCCAGGUUCGGUGGCAAAGCAGGCAUUCAGAAAGCAGCAGGUGAGGACGUGGAAGCUGCAGCAGCAGAGGGAGCAGGAGGAGAAGCGGCGGCAGGAGGAGGAGGAGCGGCGCAAGCGGGAAGAUGAGAUCCGGCGAAUCCGCGACCUGUCCAACCAGGACGAGCAGUACAACCGCUUCAUGAAACUGGUGGGCGGGAGGAAGAGGAUGCGCAGUAAGUCCAGGGACCAGGACCACCGCAAGUCUGCAGGCAAGCCAGGCCUGGACGCCUCAGGGAACCUCUACCAGUAUGACAACUACGACGAGGUGGCAAUGGACACGGACAGCGAGACGGGCUCGCCAGUGCCGUCACCAACACACAACAACCUGCUGUCUGUGGAGGAAGUAGCGUGUUUCCCUCACGCAUUUGGUGCUGACACCGCUCCUUUUGGAAUGGAUUUCUCUCAGCCCUUCCUGCCCCCCCUGCUCUCUGCUGUUCCUCCCCCACCUCCUCCCCUCCCGCCUCCCCCAGAUGAGCUGGAGCCUCCCCCCAAACCUCCAUUUGCUGAUGAGGAGGAGGAGGAGGAGAUGCUGCUCAGGGAGACCUGCCUGAUGUCAAUGGCCAACAAACGGGUGGCAGCCUCAGAGAAGAGCUCCAGCGGUCCUCCUUCUCCGAGCGGCCCUCCUCCCACAGAUCUUCCGCCUCCAACCAGAGGAAACCUGAGCACAGUCAGUCUGAACACAGUGCCUCAGCCACGCCUCAGCAAGGUUGCCAGAGGGCACCUCGCCGUCAGAGCGCCGCUUGUGCUACCCAGACACAAGUCGGUGGUGGUUUCUCUCAACGACUCCGACGACAGCGACUCGGACACGGACGCCUGCAGCUCGUCACAGGCGGUGUUUGGAGGUCUGGAGUUCAUGAUCAAAGAGGCCCGGAGGACGGUGGAGGCGGCGAAGCCUAAAGGAGCGUCAGGCUGUGAGAAGGAGAACAACCCUGUCCGAACUCCAGAGGCUCUGCCUGAAGCCAAGAAAGCCGAGUACCGCCUGCUCAAAGAGGAAAUCGCCAGCAGGGAGAAGCAGAGGAUGAUGAAGGAACAGAAUCCAAGUCCUCGCAGCUCCGGAUCGCCCGCCCCUCCUGAGUCUGUCGAUUCUUCCCUGAAACCAUCUGCAGAGCUGAAACUGAGCGAGGCCGAGCAGAAGCUCAGCAAACACAGGGAGCUGCUGCAGAGAGACGAGGCCGUCCUCAGACACCUGCUGCAGCAGGAGCUCAAGAAGACCGAGUCUCUGAAGGCUGCCGAGGCCAAAGUGGCCAAACUGAGGGAGCAGCUGCAGGCGUCGGAGAGGAUCGUCAGUGCCAACAAGAUGCUCCUCAGGAAGCUCUGCGAGCAGGUCCACCGGGUUGAGCAGCGGGUCUCCAUGAAGAAGACGGUGGCGGUGCGGUUGGAACAGGAGCUGCUUCAGGCUCAGCUGGCCUCCGGCAGAGCGCCCAAACGGCGAGCAGACUCCAGCCAGACUCAGGUCAGUAAGCUGCAGCGGCGUGACGCAGCUCCCCGUGGUUCCGAGCGUCACUUUGCCGAGCUUAUCGCUCAGAAGCAGCGACUGCAGCAGCUCGAGUCUGAGUAUGCACUGAAGAUCCAGAAGCUGAAGGAGGCGCAGGCGCUUCGAAACAAGGGCGUCCCGUCAGAGCUUCCCCCGGAGCCGCUGUCACGAGCUGCCACCCCUCCAGACCCGCAGAUCCAGCUGCCGCAGCCUUCUCUGCACGACCUCUCCCAGGACAAACUCACACUGGACAGCGAGGACACCGCAGAGGCCGAAGACCACGAGCCAGAGCCAGAACCCGCACCCGCCGCUGUGGCCAAAGGCAGCCGCCGAUCCUCCUUCCGCCAGUCCAGCUCCUCCUUCACCAAGCCCCACCUGGACGCCAUGAGCUCUGUUUCACCUAAAGACGUCAGUGGCACUGCCACCACCAAGCUGGCAAAAGCAUUGUCCGGCAGCGCAGCAAGCUCAGAACUUCCUGCUGAGAUGUGUGCAGGGCUGGACGUGGAUGCACUGAAGCGGCAGUACCAGCAGAAGGGGCCACUGGGAGAGCUGCUGCUGACAGAGCUGCAGGUGCUGGGGGAGGAUGUGGACUCCACACCUACUGCACAGGUGUUUUCAGCUGAGGUGGAGACGGGCACGAGUCAAUCAGGCAGCUCGGAGCUGAGGCCUGUUCCCUUUGGACCGUAUCACAGCCCUCUGCUGGUCUUCAGGUCUUACAGGUUCAGCCCUUACUACAGGACCAAGGAGAAGUUAUCUCUGAGCUCUGUGACGUACAGCAACGCCAUUGAACCAAAGAAAUGUUUCUGCCGCUUCGACCUCACAGGAACGUGCAACGACGAUGGCUGCAGAUGGCAGCACAUGAGGAACUGCACUCUGAGCGGGAAUCAGCUCUUCCAGGAUAUCCUGUCCUACGAUCUGUCGCUGAUCGGCUGCUCUGAGAGCAGCUCGGACGAGGACAUCGGUGCCGCCACAGAGAAGUACAUGAAGAAGCUGUUUGGCACCAACAAGGACCGGAUGGGGAUCGAUCAGAAGGCCGUCCUCCUCGUCAGCAAAGUGAAUGAAAGCAAGCACCACGUCCCGCCCUACACCACCUACAAGGACAUGAGGAGAUGGAGGCUGAAGCCAUCGACACAGAGCAUCCUCGGCGCCAAAGAUGACAGCGAGGGUGAAGGGGUGGCGACUGGUCACACGACACCUGGCAGAGAUGAUGGCGCUCAGACCAGCCUCUUUGCUCUGGACGUAUGCGUCACCUCCGAGGACAAGCGCUAUUUCAUCAGUGAGACGGACGACAUAUCAAACCUGGAGGCCAGCGUCUUGGAGAGUCCUCGAGACACUCAGCUGUGGAUCAAACUCGCCUUCAGAUACCUCAAUCAGAGUGAGACCUCUGCAGCAGAGUGUUUGGAAGCCGCUCUCAACACGCUGUCCCGCGCUCUGGAGAGUAACUGCGACAACCCCGAGGUGUGGAGCCACUACCUGUCCCUGUUCUCCAGGCGGGGCAGCCGCGAGGAGGUGCAGGAGAUGUGCGAGAUGGCGGUGGAGCACGCCCCCAGCUACCGAGUGUGGUGGAACUACCUGAACCUGGAGAGCUCAUUCGAAGGGAAGGACUACGUGUGUGACCGUCUGCUGCAGUUCCUUCUUGCCGAGGCGUCUUCUGGAAUCACGGAGAAACUGUCCUUCCAGCUGAUGGAAGCGCUGCUCUACAGAAUCCAGCUGAGCCUUUUCACGGGCCGGCUGGAGAGCGCGCUCGCCAUCCUGCAGAGUGCUCUGAAAUGUCCUCAGGACCGGAGCAUCGCCGAACACCUGACGCCUGCUGACCGGGCGCUGCUCUGGCUCUCCUACAUCCACCUGACUGAGUUCGACCGGCUGCCGGCGAGCCUGUACGACCCCGCGGAGUCGGGCCCGUCCCGCCUGGUCAGCAGGGAGCCGUUCCUGCUGCCCUGGAGCACGGCGCGGGACAUCAGCACGCCUACCGACAUUCUCGUCGCUCUCUUCCAAGAUGCCAUCCUUCAGUGCAGCGAGCAGUGCGUGACUGACAGUGAGAGGACGCUGGCCUGCCUUCCUCUGCACACAAACCUCAUCUUCCUGUACAGGCUGCUGCAGAGGUAUGAUGAGGGUGUCGCUCUGUGCAAGUCUCUGCUCGAUUCUUGUCCUGAGUCGUGCGCUCUGCGAGAUGCUCUGGCUGACCUCCACCUCCACAGUGGCAACGGUGACCUUGCGGUCAGCAUGUGGCUCCAUGCUCUGGCAGAGUGCCCCCACAAUGCAGAGGUCUUCUACCACUCCUGCAAGUUCCUCAUGACUCAGGAGAAGCCGAGUGCCAUCGCUCCUCUGUUCAGAGGCUUCGUCCUGUCGCUGUGUGAGGACGAGCAGAGUCAGAAGCAGCCCGUGGACGUGUUGCGGCACAUCCUGGGCUUUUUCUCCGAGGAGCUGCUAAGAGGUCCUGUCAUCAAGAAGGAGCUUCAGGAGCAGCUCGGACAGCAGACGUCCUUCCUCCACCUGGUUCACUGUCGGUGGCAGUGGCUGCACGGCUCCGUGGAGGACACGGUGGAGGCGUUUGAGCAAGCCCUGGGAUCGGUCACGCAGCUGGAGGAUCUUCACAGGCUGUGGAUGGACUACCUGACGUUCAGCUGCAGCCCACAGGCCCGCGCCACCGCAGCCUCCUCUCAGUCCAGGAUGUUCUCAGACCUGGUGCAGCGCUGCCUCAACACCGUCCCCUCAAGACUCGAGGUUCCCUUCAACCCCGCAGAGUUUUGGAGCUGCUACCGCUUCCACAACAAGGUGGUCGCCCUUUACCUGAGCUGCCUGCCGCCAUCCCAGCAUGCACUGGUCUUGGAGAGACUGUGCUACACCAUGCCAAACAACACUGAGCUGGGCCUCAGGUUGCUGCAUCAGGAGUGGCUGGAUGGGAACUUGGAGCACCUGAAGUUCCAGGCUCGGAUGCUGACGAGUAAUGCUCCGAAGUGUUUGUCCAGCUGGAAGAUAGCCAUCGCCGUGGAGGAGGUGCUAAAGGAGCGAGCUGAGGUGUGUCUCCUGUUCCAGCAGGCCCUGCAGAAUCUCCCACUGAGUGCUGCCCUGUGGAAACAUCGGCUGCUGUUGGAGGCAGCAGAAAGCGGGGCCUCGGAGCGCCUGCGGCGGCUGUGGGACUGCUGUCAGCAGGCGGGGGUGAGCGUGAGCGGGGGAGUCGGCCCGUCGCUCGCUGAGGACGGCUGAUCGGACUGAUCAAUAAUAGAACUAAUGAGAGGCUGUAGGUGACUGAGUGAGAGCAGACGAGGUAAGCCAGACGUCCCCCCUCCCCGGCUCCUGAAGCUCCGCCCCCUCCGGGAGCUCCUCGGUGUGAGUGUAAGUAUCGAGAGCUGAGUGCCGCCCUCACUCUUCAUCACCUUUCUUUAGUUCCUCUCACCUUUCAGUUGGAGUCAUUUCCCUCCCUUUUAUCUCAUUUACCUGAUGGGGAGGGCUCGGGAGGGGGGAGGGGGUGGUGAGGGUGUGUUUGACCCCCCCCGUGUGUGUGUUUAGAGGAUGCUGCCAUCGCCGUCUGUCUGUGGACUGUUUAGUUAAACAAACUGAGUAUUGAUGAGGCGACGCGGCCUUUUUUCUGUUUGGCUGAGUGAGUGUGAGAGCGAGCGAGCCCCGGACACAGAGACUGGACCGAGCGCGGCCCCUGCUGGCCCGCCGCGGGGCCACGGACCUCCCCUUUGAGACUCUGCUCAUGUGCAAUGUGUUUUUCUUUUGUCAAUCAGCUGAUUAAAGAGUAUUAGCACGCAGAGGAGACGCACGCCCUGCCACUGGUGUUUUUUACAUUCAUGUUAUUAAAUUAUUUUCUAAAAUAUGAACGUCUGCGGCUCUUCACUGUGUCUGCGUCUCAUUUCCUCCUGCAGGCGCUUCCCAUCAGAAAGCCAGG